AUGCUUGGUAAUGAUUUUGUUUGUAUCAAUUAUUAUCCAUUAAGAUUUGUUGGGGAUGUUGAGAAAGCAAAGGAUAGCAAGGGAUUGAUGUAUCCUGGUGUGAUUGAUGGGUACAAGGGACCAUGGAGUAAGUUUGUUGAUGAAGAAACUAUUGCUAAACCAUCUGAGGAAGAGUCAACAAUCCUUGAGGAGUAUGAAUUAUCGAAGAAAAACAAGUCAAAGAAAGAUUAUAUAAAACCUUCAGAAAGAAACCCACAUUACACAUUAAAGAUGCAUAUGACUAUCAAGGAAGAUCGUAUCUUCACAUUCCACAAGAUCUUGGCAUUAAUCUCAAGUCAGAUACUCCUCCUGAACGUUGCUUUCUACCAAAACAACAAAUUCAUACGUGAUUUUAAGGAAAACACGCAAUAAUUGAAUUAAGUUUAAAGACAGUUUAUGAUAUAAUUCUUGAUAGUAUUGAGGAAGUUCAAUUAUACGUUGAAUGUUCCUCCAACAUUACUGGAGAAACUACAAGAUGAUAUUAAUGUAAGUGCCAACGGCUCUGUUUUUGUAAAAU